AUGGCUUCAGAACAAUCUGCAGCUGCAGGCACUCAUAAGGACCCGGUGACGGGCGAGAUGAUCUCCAAGCAAGAGCUCAAGCGUCGCGAAAAGCAGCGCGCAAAGGAAGCAGCCAAGGCCAGCAAGGCUCCUGCUGCAGCCCCAUCAGCAGCAGCCGCUGGACCCAGUGAGGACGACCUCAACCCAAACCAAUACUACGAAUUGAGAUGCCGUCAAAUCAACGAGCUCAAGAGGACGCAAAACCCCAACCCGUACCCGCACAAGUUCAAUGUCACCACGUCGCUGAACGCGUACAUUAAGACCUACGGCCCAGAGGGCAAGAUUCCUGCUGGCACCAAGCUUGAUGGCGUCACAGAAAGCCUCGCGGGGCGUAUCCACAACAUCCGGGCGUCUGGCGCGAAGCUCAAGUUCUAUGACUUGCAUGGAGAGGGAGUGAAGGUUCAGAUCAUGGCAACACAACAAGACGCGGAAAACCCAGAAGGCUUCAUCGCCACCCAUGAACACUUCAAGCGCGGCGAUAUCAUCGGUGUCACCGGUACACCCUCCCGCACCAAGAAAGGCGAGCUGAGCAUAUCCCCAUCAACCAUGACUCUCCUAGCACCGAACCUGCACCAGCUCCCAUCGGGGCACUUCGGGCUCAAGGACCAAGAAACACGGUAUCGCAAGCGCUAUCUGGACCUCAUCCUGAACGAGAGCACGCGCAGCCUCUUCCGGACACGUAGCAUAAUUCUCAACUACAUUCGGCGCUUCCUUGACGACCUCGGGUUCAUGGAGGUGGAGACGCCGAUGAUGUCGCUCCUUGCGGGCGGUGCGACGGCGAAGCCGUUCAUCACGCAUCACAACGACCUCGACCUUGAUCUGUACCUUCGCAUCGCGCCGGAGCUGUACCUCAAGGAGCUUGUCGUGGGUGGGCUGGAUAGGGUGUACGAGAUUGGAAGGGUGUUUAGGAACGAGGGGAUUGAUUUGACGCAUAAUCCCGAGUUCACAAUCUGCGAGUUCUAUAUGGCCUAUGCGGACAUGCACGAUCUCAUGGAUAUCACGGAGGCGAUGAUCGAGGGUCUCGUCAAGAAGCUCACGGACGGCACCAAGAUCACGUACCACCCCGAUGGCAACAAGGGCCAGGAGGGCGCUAGAGAGCUCGCCCUUGACUUCCAGAGGCCGUGGAAGCGAUAUGACAUGAUUCAAACGCUGGAGGAGAAGCUGGGGGUUGCAUUCCCUCCUGGUGAUAAGCUGCACACAGACGAGACGAACAAGUUCUUGAGAGAGCUUUGUGUCAAGCAUAAUGUUGAAUGCGGUGAGCCGAGGACAAACGCGCGUCUUCUUGACAAGCUCGUCGGCGAGUUCAUCGAACCCCUCUGCGUAUCGCCUUCCUUCAUCGUUGGCCACCCUCAAGUCAUGUCUCCCCUCGCCAAGUGGCACCGCUCGCGUCCAGGCCUGUGCGAGCGCUUCGAGGGCUUCAUGUGCGGAAAGGAGUUCUGCAACGCCUACACUGAGUUGAACGACCCCUUCGAGCAGAGGCUGAGGUUCGAGGAGCAGGUUAGGCAGAAGGAGCAGGGUGAUGACGAGGCUCAGGGUGUGGAUGAGACGUUUAUUGACGCGCUCGAACAUGGACUCCCACCCACUGGAGGCUGGGGUAUCGGCAUCGACCGCCUCGUCAUGUUCCUCACCGAUUCCUCCAACAUAAGGAGGUUCUCCUGUUCCCUGCGAUGA